UCCCUAGAGGGAACUUGUAUGAUUUGUGUAUACGCCCCUUUUUCUUUUUCUCAUAAAUCUAUCACAUUAAAGCACGCCUCUUUUUAUUCACUUUUUCUACCUUUUUCUUUUUAACUCAUUCAAUUCGCAUUUGUCUUGUUAAAUUUAUUUUAGGUUUAGCAAACUCAAAAUUGACCAUCCUCACAAUAUGGAAUCAUCAACAACUGUUGAAGAGAAUGCAUCUUCUGAUGCAUCUCCCGACUCAAGAACUGAAGAUAUAGAGAGAUGUAUUACUUCCUUAGUUCAUGCCUGUACAUGUCAGGAUGUAGAUUGUCGUUUUGGAAUGUGUUUCAAAAUGAAGAGGGUUAUUGCGCACACAAAGGCGUGCAAAAGACGACAAGUUGUUGGGGCAGAUUGUGCUGUGUGUAAACAAUUGAUUGCUCUUUGUUGUUGUCAUGCAAAGCAUUGUGUACAGGCAAAAUGCCAGGUGCUGUCUUUUACACAAUUUGAAGUUUUUAAGACCCUCAAAGAAGGUCGCCUGAUCCUAGUUGUCAUGGAGUUGAUCUUUUGUGGUGUUGACAUUUUGGGUUGA